AUGAGACCAUCUAAACUGCAAGAUCAUCUGAGAAGAUGCCACCCUGAUAAAACAGAGAAAGAUUUCAAAUACUUUGAAACACUCAAAGAUAAAUUUCAGAAGAGACCUACACUGGACAGAAUGUUCGCUUCGACGUCACAAAGAAAUGAUGAUGGUUUGCGGGCGUCUUUCAAUAUCUCGUUACUUAUAGCAAAAUCCGGAAAACCGCAUACUAUCGGAGAUAAGUUAAUUUUGCCAGCCGUUGAAGAGGUUUUAAAAACUGUUUUACACAAACCUGCAUCUGCUAUCAUUAAAAGAAUUGCCUUAAGCAACAAUACUGUUGAAAGACGUAUUGAUGAAAUGAGUUCUGAUAUUGAAAGCUUCUUAUGUAAUUAUUUGCAAACGACCCAUUUCUCUAUACAACUGGACGAGUCAACUUUACCUGAUAAUGCAGCAUUAUUAUUGGCAUAUGUUCGUUUUAUUAUGUAUCAAGAAAUGUACGAAGAACUGCUCUUCGCAAGAACUUUGAUAACCGACACAAAAGAUUUUGAAUCUAGGUUUGAGGAUAUUUUGACUAUGGUAAUAUCACCGUGGAUAAUUAAUCCAUAUGGUGACAUAGAAGAAACGAAUGUCAUAAUACAAGAGGAACUGACUGAACUAAGUACAAACGAAGAACUUAAGGUUCAGUUUAAAAACGGAUAUCAGCAAUUCUGGCUGCAAAACAACAUACCCUUUUUUCGUGAAUUUCUAGCCUUUGAUUUGUGCAAUGGGCAAUAUAAAGAAAUAGACUUCUUGGAAAGACCUUUAGAAAGCAGUUCAAUUCAGUACUGCCACGAUUUAGGUCACACUGUAUGUGUCGAUUAG